UUAAUUCUCCAGUGGUCAGGGCCAGCGAAAUAAAAGGAGCUUUAAUAUCCUCCCCCUUUUCCACCCUCGUUGUCGGAGGAGCUUUCUUUCUUUCUACAUUUUCUCCUCCUCUUCCUCCUCCGUCGAUCGCGGUACCUAUCCUCGUUUCCAAACGAACCUGAAAAAGGAUGGCGAAUGCAGCAUCAGGAAUGGCUGUGCACGAUGAGUGCAAGUUGAAGUUUUUGGAGCUUAAGGCAAAAAGAACUUACCGUUUCAUUGUCUUCAAAAUUGAGGAGAAGCAGAAGCAAGUUAUUGUGGAGAAGGUUGGUGAGCCAACCGAGAGCUACGAGGAUUUUGCUAAAAGUCUUCCUGCUGAUGAAUGUCGAUAUGCCGUGUAUGAUUUUGAUUUUCUAACAGCAGAGAACGUCCAAAAGAGCAGGAUCUUUUUCAUUGCAUGGUCUCCCGAUACAUCAAGGGUCAGGAGCAAGAUGAUAUAUGCUAGCUCCAAAGACAGAUUCAAGAGAGAACUGGAUGGAAUCCAGGUGGAAUUGCAAGCAACAGAUCCGACAGAGAUGGGUCUUGACGUCAUCAAAAGCCGUGCUAGCUGAGUAUGGACCUUUAGGCCUUGCAAAUUGCUAUGGGGGCUUCAUCUAUUUGUCUUUACUUAAGUGAAAUGUUUAUAGGCUGUGGAAUGGUGAACUUGGAUAAUUAGGAUGCCAAUUUCCAAGUUUUGCCAUAGGUUUUUAUUAGUCUUGAAGGUAUAAACCUGUGGUUUCGGGUGUAUGUUAUCCUAGAACCUAUGUGUUGAGUGCCUUUGUGUGGUCGUUAUCUCUUCAAGCUAGUAUGUAACUGUUUGUGAGGGGUUAGACAACACCUUUAGAUCUUUUAAAGUUUUUUUUUUUUUUUUUUUGGAAUAUUGACCCUCGUCAAUUUGUUUUGGAGUGUUAAAAAGGCAUGCUUUCAUGGCUUCCGAGUCACUGAUUUUUUGCCAUUAUGUGUGAUUCUAGAUUGAUGUGUUCAGAGAAUCAAUUAUGGUUCUUGCAAACUU